GUUCAGGGCUUGUGGAAACUAGGACAUCCUGACUUGCCGCUGGCUAACUCCUUUGUGAGAGCCCAGCCAAAGUUUCUCCACCUCUAAAUUGGGGUGUAAUGACACUUCCCCCUCUUUCAUGAAGCUUCAACUCUUUCUGAUCUCGCCAGGGAAAUAAAUCACCGCGCGGGAUCAUAAAAGUCAUCAAACGGCAACCUGGGGUGAACCGAGCCGCAGAUGGAGGGAAGGGCGCGGGCGCUCGGGGAACCAGAGUUUUCCCAGCCCAAGCUCCAUUCCCUCGCGUCCUCCGGAGCAGGGCGGGACGGCGGCGGCCGGCGCGGGGCUGGAGCGGGCGGCCGAGCCCGCAGCGGCGGAGCGCGGGGCCCGGAGCGCCGGGAAAGGGCAGCUCAUGUCCCUGCCCAGCCCUGCAUGGCCCCAGCGGGACCAGCCUUCCCCCUGCGGCACCAGCGGCCUCCCGCCGGCCUCGUCCGACAGCGACUCCGGCUGUGCCCUGGAAGAGUACCUGGAACCCGCCGCGGACCCCGAGGUCCAGCCGUGCUUCGGCCCCCACUCGCCACAGCCGGGCUCUCCCUCCGACCGGACCCAGCUCCGUGCCAGGGCCCUCCUGCAGCAGCUGCCUCCUCAGGACUGCGAUGAGCGGUACUGCCCCGACCUCGCCGAGGAGGAGCGGCACCAGCUCCGAGCCUUCAGCGCCCGCCGGCGACAGGAGGCUCUGGGACAGGGGCUGGCGUGUCCCGUGCCAGGGCCCUGCCACGGYUGUCCCUGCAGGAAGUGCGGCCAGAGGCUGAACAAAGGGGACCCGGGGAUUUCAGCAUCCCGCCUGGGGGACCAGUUCUGGCACCCGUCCUGCUUCUCCUGCCACUUCUGCCAGCAGCAGCUGGUGGAUCUCAUCUACUUCCAGCAGGACGGGAGGAUCUAUUGUGGCCGGCAYCACGCCGAGCUCUUUCGGCCUCGCUGCGCCUCCUGCGACCAGCUGAUCUUCAUGGAGGAGUGCAUCGAGGCCGAGGGCCGGCGCUGGCACCUGGAGCACUUCUGCUGCCUGGAAUGCGACGAGCCCCUGCGCGGGCAGCGCUACGUGAUGAGGAGCGGCCGGCCCUGCUGCCGGGGCUGCUUCGAGAGCCUGUUUGCCGAGCCGUGCCAGGCCUGCGGGGAUCCCAUCGGUGCGGACAGCGAGGAGGUCACUCACCAGGGGCUGCACUGGCACGCCCGAGCCUCCUGCCUGUGCUGCAGCCGCUGCCGAGCGCCGCUGCGGGAUCAGCCCCUCUCCUGCCGCCGCGGCCGCCUGCUCUGCUCCGACUGCUGCAGCCGCUGCCAGGACGCCUCUUCCACCGCCUCCGACUCCUCCGACUCGGCUUUCGCCUCGGCUCCGUCCCCGGACUCCACGCCGCUCUCCCGAGCCGGCCCGGCUGCGGGGGGCUGCGGGCAGCGCGGGGAAGGGGCCGAGGCGUUUUCGGAUCAGUCCCCGCUGCACCCCGCGUUCAGGAGCCCCGAGGAUCACGGAGCGACUGCCAAGGAGCACCCGGGAACGCCGGGACCCCCAGCCGGCCACCCCUCGGCCCCCCAGCCCAGCCCCGAGGGGCCCAGCGAGCCUGGAGCCUUGGGCCACGUGCUUUUAGGGGCUCCUGACCCCCGAACAGGCAACGGGAACCCACAUUUCCAAGCGGGCACGUCCCCGCCCCAACACAGCCCCCGGCCGGAGGAUGGCACGGAGGAGGACGACUCGUGGUGCCCCACCUGCUCCUCAUCCUCGGACUCGGACUCGGAGCAGGAGGGAUUCUUUUUCGGSAAACCCAUCCCCAAGCCCGGAAUGAAUUCCCUGGGCAGGGAGCCCGCGGGGAGGGCCAGGGGCAGGACGGCCAAGCACUGCAGYGUGUCCUAACAGCGAGCUGCGGGGGUCCCCGAGCGCCACCGCUGCCCUGCCAGGUCCUGCCAGGUCCUGAACGCCUUCCGAGCGCGUCCUGGACGCGGCCCAAGGCGGGUGGGAGAAGCCGCUGGGAUCCUUCUCCCCCACGGCAAAGCGGAGCCUGCAAUUCCUGCCGGCCUCUCCCGCAAUUAGGAACAGGUAAAGCAGGAAGGGAGCGGGGCCGGCAGCUCCCGCCCGGCUUCCAGCGCCUCCCGCAGGGCGGCAGCGCCGGGGAGAGCGGCCGGAGCUCCAGAGGGGCAGCCUGCACCACCCUGCUGCUGGGAUCACCGGGGAUCCAUCCCUGAGCCUGUCCCGCUGCUGGAGACCACCGGGGAUCCAUCCUUGAGCCACACCCCACUGCUGGGACCACCGGGGAUCCAUCCCUGAGCUGUGCCCCGCUGCUGGAACCACUGGGGAUCCAUCCCUGAGCUGUGCCCCUCUGCUGGGGACCACCAGGGAUCCAUCCCUGGGCUGUGCCCUGCUGCUGGGGACCACCGGGGAUCCAUCCCUGAGCUGUGCCCCGCUGCUGGGACCACCGGGGAUCUAUCCCUGGGCCACACCCCACUGCUGGGACCACCGGGAUCCAUCCCUGAGCUGUGCCCCGCUGCUGGGACCACCGGGGAUCCAUCCCUGGGCCACACCCCACUGCUGGGGACCACCGGGGA